AUGACUGACCCAAAGGUUGCCAAAGUGACUGAGGAUGUCCUCCAAGGACUCAGCAACACCGAAUAUGCGUGCUCGUCACUGACACCCCUCUCCGGGGGCUUGGCCAACUUCACCUUCAAAGGCUCCCUCACUAAGCCUCUUCCCGAUGGUACCAAGGAGGUUGCCGUGAAACAUGGCGGAGGACUACUUGGCCGCGAUGCCGGCCUUCUUGCUCCCCACAACUCGCUGUCCGAGGCAGAAUGCCUGAGGGCUCUCGGCGAGCUCCCGCCAACUAAGGGAGCCUACGCUGUUCAGACUCCCAAGCUCUACUACACCAGUCGGGAAACCAACACGCAGGUCCAGACGUAUCUGCCCCACGCGCUGAAUUUGAAGCAUUACGCUCUCAAGCAUUUUGCCUCUCCGGAUCCCUCCAGGAAGCCUCUCUGUCUUGAACUGGGUCGCAGCUUGGGAGGGUGGCUCCGCGGUUUCCAUGCCUGGGCUUUGCGUCCGGAGCAAUCCAAGUUCAGGGAGCAGGCAAAGGCAAACGACGAGAUGCGGCAGAUCGUGCACAUGGCAACUUACAACACUCUAGUAUCCGCCGUUGCCGAUUUCCCAACUGUCCUUGCCGAUGCGAAGGAGACGUUUGAGAAAAUCAGGGAUUUCACGGCGGCAGAACUCCAAAACCCGGGUCUCCAGGUCAUCCAUGGGGAUUUCUGGACCGGAAACAUCCUCUUGCCCAGCCAGCCACUCGAAGAAGGAAACCAGAUGCCGGUCUUUGUCGUGGACUGGGAGGUUUGCCAGUUCAACCUGCCCUCAUUCGACAUCGGGCAAAUGAUUGCCGAGCUCUACGAGCUCUCGCUGUUCAAGGGCAUUGAUGAGGGCAAGUGGCUGAUCGAGGGGUUCGUAGCGGGAUACGGCCGCAUGGACGACGAUUUUGCCUUCCGUGCUGCUCUCCACAUCGGCACCCACCUCAUCGCUUGGGGCCCUAAGGCGCCGGGUUGGGGGUCGGAGGCUCAGGUGCAGCAGGUGGUCGGCGUGGGAAAGGACAUUAUCCUGAACGCCUGGCGACAGGAUCGUGCCUGGUUUGAGAAUGGCGAUCUGGCUUGCUUGUUUGGCAGCCAGUAG